AAAAAAAAUUAAAAAGCCAAAGAAAAAGCAGGCUGAGAGAAAGGCAGAAGUGAUUCUCCAUACAGCCUUGUUAAGUAAUUGAUCAGACAUUCAAGAAAUAGUGAUUAAAUACCUGCUCUGUGCAAGAUUGGGCAAUGAUUCAACUAUGGUGUGAGAACUGUUUAAAACACGGAUUUGCAAGGUUCUGUACCUGUAGGUCCGGGGAGAGUCCUGACAUACAUGUUUUUUAAAAGGUCCCGGAUGACUCUGCUGUGUGCUGGGUUGACCACUGCUGUCAUAAUGCUGGCUGCACAGAGGUGAAAGAAGGCUCUCGCCUCACGUCACCCGUAUUCUAGAGGUGCAAACAAACGUUAAUGCCACCAUGGGAUACGGCAAAGAACAAGACGAUGUGUAAGACUGGUGGAUGCUCGGGGAAACUAGGGAUUAGCCCUUGGAAUAAUUCAAAGAAAAGGAACAUUUGAGAGCAAGCAACAAAAUUCAAGGAAUUCAUUGAGAAGAAGGAGGCGGGAUGUCAGAGGUUUACACAGACAAGGCAAGAAGUUUGAUAACUGUAGGUCUGGGUAUUGCAGCUCUUGGAUUUGCAGGUCGCUGUGCAUUUCAGAUCUGGAAACCUCUAGGACAAGUAAUCGCAGAAACUGCAAAGAAGAUUUCAACUCCUAGCUUUUCAUCCUACUAUAAAGGAGGAUUUGAACAGAAAAUGAGUAGACGAGAAGCUAGUCUUAUUUUGGGUGUAAGCCCAUCUGCUGGCAAGGCCAAGAUUAGAGCAGCUCACAGGAGAAUCAUGAUUUUGAAUCACCCAGAUAAAGGUGGAUCUCCUUACUUAGCAACCAAAAUUAAUGAAGCAAAAGACUUGCUAGAAGCAACCACCAAACAUUGAUUGAUGCUCAAGGACCACUCUGAAGGAAAGAAAAGGGACCCUAUUUAAAAAAAAAAAAAAGUCCUGCAAACUGGUCUAAACCAUGGCUGUUAAAAAUUUCAUACACAGACUGACCACUUCUUCCACUACUAAGCUGUAUAAUAAUAAAAGACCAAUAGUCUGUCUUUGUAUUACCUUUUAAA